AUGCGACGUGAUAAGAAGAGACGAGCCCUAUUCGAUAAGUUUGAAGGUGAAAGAUUAAGAUGGAAAACUAUCGCAAAAUCUGCUAUUUUACCAAAGGAAAUUACUAACUAUGCCAAAGAAGUAUUACAUAACAAGUUUCCUCGGGACUCUAGCAUUACCAGGAUUCGCAACAGAUGCAACCUUACUGGAAGACCUCGCGGACUUGUUAGACAGUACGGUAUUUCGAGGAUUAAGUUUCGCGAGCUUGCAGAUUCUGGCAAAUUAGCCGGUGUGACCAGAUCGUCGUGGUGA